AUGAAACUGUGUAUAUAUAUUUACAUUUAUAGAAGUGAAGCUGCCGACUGAUGGUGGAUGAAAUGUUUCAUUGUAAGAAUUCAAAUGAAUUCAGAUCAGUGAGCCGUCGCUGGAUCUCAUCAGGUCGUGUUGAAGUCCAAACGAAAACAAAAACAGGAAACAGUUUCUUUAUUUUAAAGACUCAAACAUCAUCAGUGACACAAACUAACUUCACUGAGUUUCUCUAAAUCUGGUGUAAAAAACCUCAGCGAGGUCGUCACCUGGAUGGUUUCUCAACAGUCAGGACUUCUUCUGAAGUCUGAACCAGAACUCUCAGACCAAAGUCCAGAUGUUCUCUGGUCUGUUGUCCAUCCAAGUGUUUGUUGGUUUCCAGUCAUUCAGACCAUGAAGCAGCAGAAGAAGAUGGAGGAGUUCUAUGAUGGAAACGAGACAUAUUUCGACAUGAACUGCACUGGUGACGAUUGUCCUCCAGAACCUUGUCCUCUCCAGAACAACCAGAGCGUUGAGCUGGUGGUGGGCCCAUACGUCCACUCCAUCAUCUGCAUCCUGGGCUUCGUGGGAAACAGCCUAGUAAUCGUCACCUACGCCUUCUACAAGAGGACCAAGUCCAUGACUGAUGUCUACCUGCUCAACGUCGCCAUCGCCGACCUGCUGUUCGUGGUGUCGCUGCCCCUCAUCGUCUACAACGAGUUGUCAUCAUGGUCGAUGGGCCUGGUGGCCUGCAAGUUGCUGCGAGGCUCCUACAGCGUGAACCUGUACAGCGGCAUGCUGCUGCUCGCCUGCAUCAGCACCGACCGCUACAUCGCCAUCGUCCAGGCCCGCCGCAGCUUCAGACUGCGCUCGCUGACAUACAGCCGCCUCAUCUGCUUCAUCGUCUGGGUCUCCGCCAUACUGCUGUCCGUCCCCACCUUCUGCUUCUACACCUUGUACAAGCCGGCCCACAGCGACGUUGUCUACAUUGAUGAGGAUGAGAAGAAGAUGGCUCAGUCAUCAAGUCCUUCUCAGGAUGUCUGCGAGUUGAAGUUCACAGACAGCAACAUGGCCUUGAAUACCAAGGUAGCGAUCCCCAGCGUCCAGCUGGCGUUGGGCUUCUUCCUGCCGCUGGUCGUCAUGGUCUGCUGUUACACCUCCAUCAUUGUCACUCUGCUGAGAGCCAAGAACUUCCAGCGGCACAAGGCGGUGCGGGUGGUGCUGGCUGUGGUGGCGGUGUUCAUCGCCUGCCACAUGCCCUACAACAUGGCACUACUCUACGACACCGCCACCAUGUUCCGGGAGCAGAAGUGCCAACAGGUCGACACCCUGCAAGUAGCCAAAACGGUGACGCAGACCAUCGCCUACCUGCACUGCUGCCUGAACCCCGUCCUGUACGCCUUCGUCGGGGUGAAGUUCAGGAACCACUUCAGGAGGAUCUUCCAGGAUCUGUGGUGUCUGGGGAAGAAGUACAUCGCCCCACAGCGCUUAUCAAGGACCGUCGAGAGCUACGCGUCUACUCGCCGCUCGGUGGACGGGUCCAGUGAAAACGGCUCCUCUUUCACCAUGUGAGGGCGCCCGGCGGGUUCAUCCGUGGAUCCAUCUGCCGUGGACCACGAACUUCCUUCUGGUCCCGGACUUGAGGCCUGCCGGCGGUCACAAGACGAGUCCGAGAGGAAAAAAUCUGCUGUGUCAGUUUGUCUUUUCUUUUUUUAUAAUUUUUAUCUUCAGACUUAAAAAACUGAUUAAACGAAACAACCUGAGAAGAAAACGAAAAAAAGCAGCUGAGGGGUGAGGAGUGACGACACCUGUGCACCUGACACACCUGCACAGGUUACACCUGCUGGCUCCUACAGUCUGUCUCAGGUGAUCUGAGUGUAACUGACAGGUGGAGGUCCAGAGUCCAUCCUGGUGUCAGCUUUAGAUACUUCAGGUUCAGGACCUCCAUCUUUCCUUCAUCAGUCAUGUGACCAUUAGACCCUGGUUGUAGUGUCAGAGACGACUUUUACACUGUAACAUUUUUUACGUUAAAUAAUGUUGAUUUCAGAUUUUAUUUCAUGUUUUAUCGUAUAAUUACGAGUUUUUGUUUUGAUGUUACAUUUUUAAAUAAACAAAAAUGAAGUUUUACUGUAAAAUGUAAUU